GCUUGAUUGUGGCAGCCAUUUUAGAUCUCUGGCCACCUAUAUAAACAGAGCAGUUGGCUGCUAGUAGAUUAGAUAGAAACAUUGUUUGGUUGUGUGCAAUAUUGGGGGUAAGAGAGGAGCUGUAGGGGAUGGUUUGGAGGUGUCUGGUCCUAGGCAUGACCUAAAACUGCACCCUACUGGGAGUGGGUGGCCUGGAGGGGCUCUCAGUGGUGUGCCCCCCCCCCCCCAGGAAAUACCAGCAUAAACCUCAUCAUAUGAAAUGGCUGAUCAACUCUGCUAACCCAUUACUAAUCAAGGUUUUCGUUAUAUAGUCACAGACCACAAGAAAAUAAUUAAAGGCAACAGCAUGAGGUGUGGCAGGAAGCUUGCUUGCCAAAGAUGAUGUGAGCUACAAAGUUUGGGGCCUGAAGAACACAUGGACACCCAAUAAAAUGGAACAAAUUGCCAUCUGUGCAAGGAUCUUCAUCUGUUAACAAGCCACCGUGGCAAUGGCUGAAUGCCAGGGCACAGGCAAAACAGAAUCUAACUUCAAUUCUUAUUAUAAUGCUGCAGAGGAUGCAUAUAGACUCAGGAAAGCCAUGAAGGGAUGUGGUACAGAUGAGGAUGCCAUCAUCGAUAUCCUGACCAGCAGAAACUUGUGCCAACGCCUUGAAAUUGCAAAAACCUAUAAAACUACUUUUGGCCGGGACUUGAUUGAUGAUCUCAAGUGUGAGCUGUGCGGAGACUUUAGGAGAGUGAUUAUUGCAAUGAUGAUGCCUACAGCUGUGUAUGAUGCACAAGAACUGAGAAGGGCUAUGAAGGGCUUAGGAACAGAUGAGUGCUGCCUGAUUGAAAUUCUGGCUUCACGUUCUAAUGAAGAAAUCCAGUGCAUUAAUGAAAGCUACAGAUGUUUAUAUGGACGUAGCCUUGAAAGAGACGUCAUAUCUGAUACAUCUGGCAUGUUCCGAAGGGUGCUGGUGUCUCUACUAACUGGAAACAGAGACAUAGGAUGUGAAGUGGAUGACUUCCUUGCUGAGCAAGAUGCCCAGUGCCUCUACCAUGCCGGGGAGAAGAAAUUUGGAACCGAUGAGGAACAAUUCCUAUCUAUCCUCUGUACAAGGAACAGAACUCACCUAAUAAGAGUCUUUGAUGAAUACCAAAGGGUCACAGAUAAGGAUAUCAUAGACAGCAUUAAAUCUGAGAUGUCAGGUGAUCUUGAAAAUGUCUUUGUAGCUGUGGUGAAAUGUGUAAGAAAUACGCCUGCGUAUUUUGCAGAAAGAUUAUAUAAAUCCAUGAAGGGUUUGGGGACGGAUGAUGACACGCUGAUUCGAGUGAUGGUGUCCCGCUGUGAAAUUGAUAUGUUGUCCAUCAGGAACGAAUUCAAGUCUAUGUAUGGGAAAUCUCUCUACUCCUUCAUCAAGGGAGAUACUUCAGGACACUACAGGAAAGUCCUCCUCUGUCUCUGUGGUGGGGAAGACUAAACUAUGCACAGCUUGUGGCUGUGGCUGAGAAACAGCUCACAAGAGGAUCCUUCUCUUCCCACCCCCCCCGGCCCUUCAAAUAGCUUCAGACCUGCUCUGCAUGCAUAUAUUGUACUGGUAUAACUAGAACCAUUUCUAGAUUGAGGUUUUGAACAAAUCAUUUAGGCUCUGGGUUUCUGCCCUGAAAUGGUAGAUCUGGUUGGCUGUUGGCUUUCCUGUCUUGCAAGCACUAUGAAACUCGGAAAAAGAAGCAUAAACUUGCUGUCUGCUGCUCAGUUUGUCAAUGUAAUAAUGUCUUUAUUUUUAUUUAUGAAAGAUGUAUUCACUCAACAAUGCAAGAGAAGCACAUCCCCAUGUUCUGUAUAUCCUUACGUUGUUGUUUUCCUCCCCUUUCCUCUGCAUUACCUUUCUCCACUGUAUGGCCCUAAUUUUAAGCAGUUCCAAUAAGCUAAAAAUUCACCUGACCUUUUUAUAGAAAGGAAAGAAACAAUGCAGCCAGUGCUGUACAAAAGUGAAAUAAAGAAUGGAUGUAAUAAGCAAUCUAGAAA